UAAAUCUUGUGGGGUUACUGUAAUUAGCUAGCUUUAUUGUUGGUCUUAGAAACACUCGCAGCUACAUUCCAAACAAACAGAUUUGGUUUUAAUUUAUCAUUUUCUCCAUCUCAUGAUCAAUCAUACUCCUACAAAACUUAUCUUGCAGCCAUGCAUGGAAUUGGAAAGCUACUAGCAAUCUCAAUAAUUGUGUUGGUGAUGGCUGAAAGAUCCAGUAGAGCAGGAGACACGCUUGCACGACGGGAAUAUCUUACCGGAAACCAGAUGUUAACCUCAAACAAAGGAACCUUCCAACUGGGCUUCUUCGAAACUUCUAAAGGCACAGGCAGAUUCUAUCUCAGCAUUCGUCACACCAAGUUAGAAGGCCAGCCUCUUGUCUGGGUCGCAAACCGAGAUAAACCGUUGCCCGACGCCACCGCCUCCAUUCUACGAAUAGCCACAAACGGAAAUCUUGAGCUUUUUAACGGCCCUGCUCUCUUUUGGAACAUAUCCUUGUCCACGUUGGCCGAAAGCGCGGUGCUCCGCGAGAACGGAAAUCUGAUCGUCAGAGACGGAGGGGCGGGUGUGGUUUGGCAAAGCUUCGACCACCCUACGCAUACGUGGCUUCCCGGAGCUACCCUUGGAUUUGACAAGAAGACCGGCACCGCGCGCCGGCUCGUUUCGUGGAAGAGCAACGAGGACCCUUCGCCGGGGGAGUUUGCGGUGGAGAUAACGCCGGAAUCCAAGAUGGUGUUGAAGUGGAAAGAAACGGCGGUGUAUUUCGAGAGUGAAAGCGAAGGUUCCGGCAAUAAUCAGUUCGGUUUUGAUGCUCAACUAUUGAACUCCCUCUCCAUCAGGUUUGAAAUGGAGAAGCAAAGUUCGUAUGUGACGCUUGAGAACACUGAGGUGAUAAUGAGUGGUAAUAGUUCCAGCCUUGUUUUCGUGAUGCUGGUGAUGCAAGAUCGCGAUGGGAGGUUGAAGAGGGUGCCAUCGAGGGGUGUAAGCGGCGGUGGAGUAUGGGCUGAUCCGUCGGCCCUGCCAUGGGAGGACUUCUGUGGGGCAUACGGGCUGCUGCAGCUCAAUAAUAGUUGCACGUGCCUGUUCGGGUUCCUGCCAUCGUCGUCUCCCAACCCCAUGGGCAAGAGCUGUUAUAGAUCUACCUCUAUAUCAGAUUGUAAUGGGAAAAUAGUCAAGGAGGGUUUUAAUGAGGUUUCGAGUAUCAAGUGGCCUAAUCAGCCUAAAAUAGUAACAGUAAGAGAUGGUGGUGGUGAUAACGAGUGUAAGGCGGCCUGCCAGCAGAGCUGCUUGUGCACGGCCUAUGCUUUUAAUGGGAGCGAAUGUUUCAUGUGGGAAGGAGAUUUGUAUGGUAUACGAACCAACAUUGCAGAGGAUCAGAAGCUGCACGUUAAGCUUGCCUCUUCUGCUCUCCCGGAUACUGGAAGUAAAAGCAAGACUUUGGAGGUGGUUAUUGCAGUUGUGGUUCCGGUUUUGGUGAUUGUUUCCGGUGGAUUUCUGGGCUUUUUUUACAAUAGGAGGAACAAACACAACAAAGACAACAAAGAGCCAGGUGAUGAUCUAUUGUCCUUCGAUUUUGAGGUUAGUAUCAACGCAACUAACGAUGGAACAACUUUGAGGAAUAUGGAAUUCGAUCUGCCCAUGUUUAGCUACUCAAGUGUUUCUGCUGCAACAAACAACUUUUCACCACAAAAUAAGCUCGGAGAGGGAGGCUUCGGCCCAGUGUACAAGGGCGAACUACUAAAUGGAGAAAGAAUAGCGCUAAAGAGGCUAUCCCAAAAAUCUGGACAAGGUUUCGAAGAAUUCAGAAAUGAAAUCAUACUGAUUGCAAAACUGCAGCAUCGGAAUCUUGUACGCAUCUUAGGCUGCUGUAUUGACCCUGUUGAGAGCAUUCUAAUCUACGAGUACAUGCCUAAUAAGAGUCUAGACAUGUUCCUUUUUGGAUCAGAGAAACAAGAAAUGCUAGACUGGAAAACACGUACACGUAUUGUUGAGGGGAUUGCUCAAGGGCUUCUCUACCUCCAUGAAUACUCGAGGGUGCGCAUAAUCCACAGAGAUCUCAAGGCGAGCAACAUUCUUCUUGACGAUGAGAUGAACCCCAAGAUAUCGGACUUUGGGCUGGCGCGUAUCUUAGGAGGGACUGAUUCGCAGGCUCACACCAAUAGAGUCGUUGGAACAUUUGGCUACAUUGCUCCUGAAUAUGCAAUGGAAGGCUUAUUUUCCAUAAAGUCUGAUGUGUACAGCUUUGGAGUAUUGGUUCUUGAGAUCAUAAGUGGCAGGAAGAACACUGGCUUCUACAAAACUGACUCUAUCAGUCUUCCUGGACAUGCAUGGGAACUGUGGAUUUCAGGCAGAGGAGUGGAACUGGUGGAUGAAAAGGCGGGAUCUCUGGCAGCUUCGACAGCGUUGAGGUACAUAAAUGUGGGACUUUUGUGUGUGCAAGAAAAUCCCAAAGACAGACCAAACAUGUCUAGUGUGGUGUCCAUGCUUAGCAGUGAGAUUGCAGCUCUUCCACCACCUAAGAAACCUGCUUUUUCAACUACAAGUUUGGUCAGCUCAUCUUCAUCACAGACUAAAAGUGCAGGAGACCCUUAUUUUUCUGGAAAUCACUUAAGUAAUUCAGAUAUUGUGCCCAGAUGAUGAUGAUAUUUGCUACUUCAAAAGAAAUAUUCCUAUACUACUAUUUUUCAGUCUAUAUAUAGAAUUAUGUUUGGUUUAAA